AGAAGCUCCUGGUCAGCUGUGUCCGGCAGCUGCUGCUGACCCAGCUGUGGACUAGGGGAAAGGGGAAAGAGGAAAGGGAAGGAGAGGUGGGGGGGACAAAACAGGGGCGCUGGAGCCCUGAGCUUCCUGAAGCUAGGGCUGCAUCAUGGACCAACUCAGGGUGCCCCUCUGGCCUCGGGUUGGCCCCCUCUGUCUCCUACUUGCUGGGGCAGCCUGGGCACUUUCACCCAGCCUCCCGGACCCCAAGUUUGAGAGCAAAGCGGCCCUGCUGGCAUCCCGGGGCUCCGAAGAACUUCUGUGCUUCACCCAACGCCUGGAAGACUUGGUGUGUUUCUGGGAGGAAGCGGCGAGCUCUGGGAUGGACUUCAACUACAGCUUCUCAUACCAGCUCGAGGGUGAGUCACGAAAGUCAUGUCGCCUGCACCAGGCUCCCACUGUCCGCGGCUCCGUGCGUUUCUGGUGUUCACUGCCAACAGCGGACACGUCGAGUUUUGUGCCGCUGGAGCUGCAGGUGACGGAGGCGUCCGGUUCUCCUCGCUAUCACCGCAUCAUCCAUAUCAAUGAAGUAGUGCUCCUGGACGCCCCCGCGGGGCUGCUGGCGCGCAGGGCAGAAGAGGGCAGCCACGUGGUGCUGCGCUGGCUGCCACCUCCUGGAGCACCUAUGACCACCCACAUCCGAUAUGAAGUGGACGUGUCGGCAGGCAACCGGGCAGGGGGGACACAAAGGGUGGAGGUCCUGGAAGGCCGCACUGAGUGUGUACUGAGCAACCUGCGGGGCGGGACGCGCUACACCUUUGCUGUUCGAGCGCGCAUGGCCGAGCCGAGCUUCAGCGGAUUCUGGAGUGCCUGGUCUGAGCCCGCGUCACUACUGACCGCUAGCGACCUGGACCCUCUCAUCUUGACGCUGUCUCUCAUUCUGGUCCUCAUCUCGCUGUUGCUGACGGUUCUGGCCCUGCUGUCCCACCGCCGGACUCUGCAGCAGAAGAUCUGGCCUGGCAUCCCAAGCCCAGAGAGCGAGUUUGAGGGUCUCUUCACCACCCACAAGGGUAACUUCCAGCUGUGGCUGCUGCAGCGUGAUGGUUGUCUAUGGUGGAGCCCGGGCAGCUCCUUCCCUGAGGAUCCACCUGCUCACCUAGAGGUCCUCUCAGAGCCACGCUGGGCAGUGACUCAGGCUGGGGAUCCUGGGGCAGAUGAUGAGGGGCCCUUACUGGAGCCAGUGGGCAGUGAGCAUGCCCAGGAUACCUACCUGGUAUUGGAUAAGUGGUUGCUGCCCCGGAGCCCAUGCAGUGAGAACCUCUCAGAGCCUGGGGGCAGCGUGGACCCUGCGACUAUGGAUGAUACUUCAGAAACAUCUUCCUGCCCGUCUGACUUGGCCUCAAAGCCCAGGCCAGAGGGCACCUCACCUUCCAGCUUUGAGUACACCAUCCUGGACCCCAGCUCUCAGCUCCUGUGCCCUCGGGCACUGCCUCCCGAGCUACCUCCCACUCCACCUCACUUGAAGUACCUAUACCUUGUGGUGUCCGAUUCUGGCAUCUCAACAGAUUACAGUUCGGGGGGCUCUCAGGGAGUCCACGGGGACUCAUCUGAUGGCCCCUACUCCCACCCCUAUGAGAACAGCCUUGUCCCAGACUCAGAGCCUCUGCAUCCCAGCUAUGUGGCCUGCUCCUAGGACUCCAGCCUACAACGUCUUGAACAGGAUUGGUGAAGCUAUACUUAAAGUCACAGCUGAUCUUGGCCCUCUGAGCAGGAAGAGACAGCCUUGCAAUGUUAAGAUGAAGUUAUGUCUGUAUAUAGAAAUAUAUAUAUAUCGAUUUUUCUACCUUGA